AUGGCGGUCGUAUUCGCUGGCCUUAGAGUGUUCACGCGCAGGUCGAGCACGAAGCUCCGCGCACCGUGCCAUGGGUUCCAGCGGAAUCUGUCGUCUUUGCCUUCGCACUACACACUACCGUCUGGUGACAAGAUCCCCGCGGUGGCACUUGGUGUAUGGCAGGCGGACAAGGGCCUAGUUGGUGCGGCAGUCAAGACGGCCCUCAGCACUGGCUACCGGCACAUUGAUGGCGCUUGGAUCUACCGAAAUGAGGAGGAGGUAGGGCAAGCUAUCAAGGAGAGUGGUGUCCCCCGCGAGCAGCUAUGGAUUACUUCGAAGCUAUGGAACACCUUCCAUGCGCCGGAGGAUGUCGAAGCAGCCCUCGAUGAAAGUCUCAAAAUGCUCCAGACGGACUAUCUUGACUUGUACCUCAUGCACUGGCCGAUUGCAUUCAAGAAGGGCACAACCACGCUCGACAGGGAGCUCACCGCCAACCCGUACCCGACCUGGAAAAAACUCGAGGAGUUGGUCGACAAGGGCAAGGUGCGCAACAUCGGUGUGAGCAACUUCAACAUCCCCAGGCUGAAGAAUCUCACCGCGAAUCAGCUCAAGUACCCGCCCGCGGUGAACCAGGUUGAGCUCAACUUCUGGAACCCGCAGCCGGAGCUGCUCCAGUGGGCUAAGGAGAACGGCCUCCUCCUUGAGGCCUACUCGCCGCUCGGAAGCACACAGCAGGUCAAUGCAACGCUCACGGCGCCUGAGGUGCAGGCAAUCGCGAAGCAGCUUGGCAUCACACCUGCGCAGGCGAUAAUCUCAUGGCAUGUCCAAAGAGGGACCGUCGUGUUACCGAAGAGCGUGACGCCUUCGCGUGUUGAGGAGAACUUUAAAGUGUUCGCACUGCCCGAUGACCUCUUCGAGCAGCUCGAGAAAGCUGCGAUUUCGCACCCGCCGCAUCGCGUUGUAAACCCGUCCAAAAGCUGGGGCAUCGGUUUUGAUGUCUUUGAAGACUACCCUCAGGUGUAA